UGUUUCCGCCCGGAGCCUCAGAGACGUUGCACAGCGCGGGCCAAACGACUUCCGUCAACAACCAACCAGCGUUACACAAGGCAAACCAAUGCAAAACACGCCGCAAUUCCAACACAUUUCACCCGGAUUUCUUUGUUUAAAAUGCUUUAGUUCCGUUUAGUUCCCGUUCUACACAAGUUUAAAAGCAGCGUCGGUCCGCGUUAACAGCCGUUCGUCUCCGGAUCAGGAGACAUGGCCGCCGGCAGCGGCAGCGUCGACAUGGACCCGGAUGUGGCCCGGAGGCUGUUCGAGGAGGGGGCCACCCUGGUGCUGCUGGGGGUCCCUCAGGGCACGGAGCUGGGCAUCGACUGCAAGAGCUGGCAGGUCGGUCCGCGCUUCAAGGGCGUGAAGAUGAUCCCGCCGGGCCUCCACUUCCUCCACUACUGCUCCGUCAACUCCACCAGCUGCGGCGGGGAGGUGGGCCCCAAGACGGGCCUCUUCCUCAGCCUCAAGCCCAGAGACGUGCUGCUGGCCAACUGGGACCCCAAAGAAGAGGACUUGGACUUCUCCGCCUCGCGCAACGAGGCAGAGGUGAGCCGUGUGAGGGCCAACCUGCGAGACCUGGACCCUCACCUGGGUCCCUACCCGUACGAGGUGAUGAGGAAGUGGGUGUCCCUCACCGACCGGCUGAGCGAGGAGGUGGCGAGCGGCCUGCAGCCCCUCUCGGGUCGGGUGUGCGCCUUCAGCGACGUCGUCCCCGAGCUGCAGCUCCGGCACACCAAGGACCGGGCGGAGCAGCCCAGGAACGACUCGGCGUGCCAGAGCAUGAGGGAGGGACUGGACCGGCUCCCCAGGAUGAAGCCCAGGGAGGGGACGGAGAUGCGCUUCUCUGUCAUCCCCGAGAAGAAGUACCCGCCUGGGGCGACGCCGGCCGAGGUCACCCAGUGCAGCCUGGACCAGAGCUACGCCCUGGAGACGGUGCUGCAGAGGCACCACCAGCUGCAGCCGCUCAACCUGCUGGGCGAGCUGCAGUUCGCCUUUGUGUGCUUCCUGAUCGGAAACGUCUACGAGUGCUUCGAGCACUGGAAGAGCCUGCUGGCCCUGCUGUGCCGCUCGGAGGGGGCCAUGAGGAAGCACAAGGAGCUCUACCUGGGGCUCAUCGGCGUGCUCUACCACCAGCUGGGCGAAAUACCCCCCGACUUCUUCGUCGACAUCGUGUCUCAGAGCAACUUCCUCACUUCCACGCUGCAGGACUUCUUCCAGUCCGCGGGGUCUUCCGGUGUCGACGGGACUCUUCGCAAGAGGGCGGAGAAGUUCAAAGCUCACCUGACCAAGAAGUUCCGUUGGGACUUUGAGGCGGAUCUGGACGAGUGCGACCCGGUGGUGGUGGAGCUGCCCGAGGGCGUCUCAGUGGACUGAGACCAGGAGUGUGCGGAGGGGGGGGGAGGAGGAGGAGGAGGAGGUGCAGGUGCAGGAGGGGGGCAGGGGGGGGUUCUGCGUUUGGAUACCGGAGUCGUAACGGACCGCAGGGACUCUGGAGGUGAAGCUCGGUGGAGAAACAGGAGGGUGAAGGAGUGAAACUCUUCACUCCCUCCUCUGUCAGGGGCGCCCUCUUGUGGCAAGAUCCUGUAGGCUGACUCACUCUUUCCCAAACCCCCCCCCCCCCCCCCCCCAGUAUGUUUCUUUUUAUAAACUUGUCUAUGAACUGCUUAUAGACGCAGAUACCUUACAUUUUCAUCAGUGAUUCUGGAUGUUCUUGCUUGGGUUAUUAAACAAUAAAUAAGGCUUUUUGGUAA